UAACCGGAGCUACCGGAGCUGCUGACAGAGGUCGGUUUGGAGCAGCAGUCGCAUGACGCCGUCGCUCCGGUAUUUAAAAGAUAAUCAACUCUUCUGCACUGUUGUUAAAGGCGAGUUAGCCUUCAGUGCACCCGGGGCUGGGUUAGCUGCUUUAUUAACGCGGACGGUCUGCAGCUAACUGCCGGCUCCUGAUGCGUGCAUGAUAUCGGCCCUGCUGUGUUUCUAUCAGGUGAAUGCGAUACUUUUUAACCUUUUUUUUUUGUUUCGUCUUCUUGUAGGUGUCCCGGCUAACCGACUCAGCACUUUGCGUUAGCUGUCAUCCAAUAAUCCAGCUGCUGAUAGACACAUCCGGACCGGCAAAAGGGCGAUGGUGGUGCAAAUUCCUGCAAAGGAUGUGAACAGAUGAGCUGUAAAGGCUAACCCUCAUGUGCAUAGUUUAAUAAUGGCUCUAGGACAUUAUUUCCAAAGGAGACAAAUAUUUACCUGCAGGUAUUCAGAAAACCGGUUUACUCAACAGGAAUGACUCUGUGCAGCUCAUCCACUUUGAGAUUUCAAGGCCAGCCUACCUCCUAAGGUUGUUUUUGUUGCUGGGUGGUGACAACUCCCUUUUUGCAAUCUCGAGUGUUUCCCUGCUCCUAUUCACACACACACGCUGGGCUCCACAUUGCUGGGAAUCCUGCAAAAAUGACUUCAGAGUGGGGUGAGAAAUCCUCGGCAGAUCUCAUGAGCAGGUAUGUCUCCAAGGAGAUGGGAUAUGCAGUGCCCAAGGAGGGUUGGCGUAUCUGUCUGGCACACGAGUUCAAGGAGAAGAGAAAACCCUUUCAGGCAAAAGAUGUCUCGCUGUCCAACGUCUUGGACCACAUCGGCCUUGGAAUCAGGUAUCUAAAAUGGUGGUACAAGAAGACCCAGGUGGAAAAGAAAGCUCCUUUCAUCGAUAUGUUUCGUGCCCAACCCUUACGUCAAAUAUAUGGUGCUCCCCUUGGUGGUAUUGGGGGAGGUACCAUCACGAGAGGUUGGAGGGGGGAAUUCUGCAGAUGGCAGCUUAAUCCCGGCAUGUACCACUACAAAACUGUCACAGCAAACCAGUUCACAGUUUGUUUACGUCGUGGCGGGCAAACAGUUUACCAGCAGGUGCUGUCUGUAGAGCGUCCUCCCACACUGCAAGGCUGGAACUGGGGCUACUGCGGAGAGUACGCCUUUUAUCACGCCUUGUACCCCCGCGCCUGGACCGUCUACCACCUGCCGGGACAGAAUGUCACCUUGACCUGCAGACAGAUUUCCCCGGUCAUCCCCCAUGACUACCAGGACUCCAGUCUGCCAGUGGCAGUAUUUGUAUGGGACAUAGAGAACAAAAAUGACUACGCUUUGGAUGUCUCCAUAAUGUUCACUUUGGUCAACGGGUCGGGACACAAGGAUGACAAGAGCGGAGGACACUGGAAUGAACCAUUCCACCUUGAGAAGGAGGGGGAGGCAGUGUCGGGGGUCUUGCUACAUCACUGCACUCCUGUGAACCCUUACACCCUGUGCAUCGCCGCCCGAGAACAGCCUGACAGGGAGGUCAGUCACCAGACGGCGUUCAGUCCGAGGGGAACUUGCAGCGGCCUGUGGAGUGACCUCAUCACUGACGGACGGCUGGACUCUCCUACAGGAUCCAGCCCGCCCACGCCUAAGGGAGAGAAGGUGGCAGCAGCGUUGGCAGUGAGCUGCUCCGUGCAGGCUCAGAGCCACAACAGCCUGGAGUUCUGCCUGGCCUGGGACAUGCCCACAAUCACCUUCGGCUCUCGGGAGAGGGAACACAUCAGGCGAUACACUCGUUACUUUGGGACCAAAGGGGAUGCGUCCCCCUCGCUCAGUCACUACGCCCUAACACACUACAGACAGUGGGAGAAGAGCAUUGAGGAGUGGCAAAGACCCAUAUUGCAGGACAGCUCUCUCCCCUCCUGGUAUAAGUCAGCCCUGUUUAACGAGUUGUACUUUGUGGUGGACGGAGGGACGGUGUGGACAGAGCUACCAGAGGAUGCUGAUGUCAGUGAUGGCGUGCGAAGCGAGAACGGAGGGCUGCCAGCUCAGCCUGCUGUCAUCAAGGAGUUCGGCCGUUUCGCCUACCUAGAAGGUCAGGAGUACAGAAUGUACAACACAUACGAUGUGCACUUCUACGCUUCCUUUGCGCUCAUCAUGCUGUGGCCCAAACUUGCCUUGAGCAUGCAAUAUGAUAUUGCUGGCAGUGUGGUUCAGCAGGACCCCACAGAGAGGCUCCAUCUGAUGAGUGGGCGGUAUUCUCCUGUCAAGGCCAAAAAUGUGGUGCCUCACGACAUAGGAGACCCAGAUGAUGAGCCGUGGCAGAGGGUGAAUGCCUACCUCAUCCAUGACACUGCAGACUGGAAGGACCUGAACCUCAAGUUUGUCCUGCAGGUCUACAGGGACUUUCACGUCACCCAGGACACUCAGUACCUACGGGACAUGUGGCCCAUCUGUCAGGCGGUGAUGGAGUCAGAGAUGAAGUUCGACCUGGAUGGAGACGGCCUGAUAGAGAACUCUGGAUACGCUGACCAGACCUAUGACGGCUGGACGGUGACUGGACCAAGUGCGUACUGUGGUGGGCUGUGGUUGGCGUCCCUGUGUGUGAUGUGUAAAAUGGCCAGACUGGUGGACAAAGAGGAGACAUAUCAACGUUACAGAGACAUCUUAGACAGGGGUAGCACUGCUUUUGACAAGCUACUGUGGAAUGGCAAAUACUAUAACUACGACAGCAGUGGGAGAGACCUUUCUAAUAGUGUCAUGUCUGACCAGUGUGCUGGCCACUGGUUCCUGCGAGCAUCUGGGCUGGGAGACUACCAGGCUUUUCCAAAAGAAAAAAUCCAAAGCGCACUAAAAUCUGUCUUUGACUUGAAUGUAAUGACCUUCGCUGGAGGCCAAAUGGGGGCAGUAAACGGCAUGCGUCCUGAGGGAGUGCCUGACCGCUCCAGUGUCCAGUCAGAUGAGGUCUGGAUUGGAGUAGUAUACGGACUUGCAGCCACUAUGAUCCAUGAAGGUAUGGUGGAGGAGGGUAUGCGCACGGCGGAGGGUUGCUACCGGACUGUGUGGGAGCGACUGGGCAUGGCCUUCCAGACUCCUGAAGCCUACUGUGAGAAGGGAAUCUACCGCUCUCUGGCAUACAUGAGGCCGUUAAGCAUCUGGGCCAUGCAGCUAGCCCUGAACACUUCACAGAAGGAUCAGACCUCGUCAGCUCAAACUGGAACUGUGGAGCAGGGACAGGAUGUGAGAGAAAAUCAGAGCUAGUACCUGAGCCACUAGACUGGUGUGAUUUGAGAGGGGCAGCUAGUUCCUCUGAAAAUGACCUCCAAACUCUCCUGCAGCCUCCACCUUCAUCUGCACUCCAUCCUGCGGGACUGAGUUUGAUCACAGACGUUUCAUUUAACUCUCUCUGCUGGCUGUCUGGCUUCAAAUGUUUGAGGCUCAUGAUGGUUUAUGCUUGACAAAGUCAUUAGCUACUGUAGAUCAUAACAUUGUUAGGUGGAGUUUUUUGGGUUUUUUUUCAAGAGACUGCAAAUGGUUCUUGAUUUUUUUAAGUCAUGCACUGCAGGAUGGCAGCCAGGCACUGUCAAAAUCAUAUGUGCAUUACUGAUUAAGAACUGUUUUUCAGCAACAAUUUGUCUAUUUGCACACAUGUUAACGCACAUGCAAGCACUAAAUUUCACAAUCAUGUCAAGAAAAACAAGUUCAUAGCUAAUUAUCUGAGGACUGUUGUGUGUUAUUAUACCAGCCACAUGUAAUCAUUAUUGUCUUGAGUACAUCUGAGGGCCUGCGAUUUUGAAGGAUUUCUUGAUCAGAAAUAGCUACUUGAAAAGAAAAGUCAUUUUGAAGAUUUCCUCCUCUUAAAUUUGAAUGCUGUACCAAGUGAUGUAAUAUGUGAUGAUUAGUGUUGGAAAUUAAAUUUAAAAAAUAGAUAUUUUUCUUUUUCUUUUUAAAUAGCAUUUGGUGCCUUGUUGCAUGUUGGCCUUAUCUACAGUAUAAUAAUGUAGCGGCAACAUUUACUUUGUUUUAUAAAAUCCAAUACUCAUGACAAUCAUGCUGAAUAAAUGACUGAACAGCAGGUUCAUUGUGUUGUCAACUAAAUGUAAAUGGAAACUAGGCCUAGCUAAGAACGACAGCAUUAUGGUUGUAGAAAUAUCCAUCUGGAUUCAAAAGACACAUGAUAAAAUGUAAACUUUAUUAAAACAACAGAGUUGACCAAUGUGCUGUACAUCAGUAAGUACAUAAAACACAGCAUAAAUAACAUAAAUCAAGACAUAAAAAGAAAAAAGUUUUAAAAAGUCGAUGACAACAAAGGCUCUGUCUCACCUGUGUUUCAACAUUGUUUUUGGGAAGACAAGAAGUGAUAUGUCAGCAGACCUUGAUGGCCAGCAUGGAAUAUAUGGGUGUGAAAGGUCAAAGAUAGAAUGAAGCAAGCCCAUUCAAUGUUUUAUAAGCAAACAGUAAAAUGUAUUAUAUUCUGUACUGUAUGCAUUCUGUAAACUGUA